UAAUAAACAAGUACCGCAAAUGAAACAUUUUUCUAGAAGCAACGAUUUAAAUCGUACUUUUAACAGUAAUACCGUCAUUGCAGGAAGUAAAAAAGUCAAUUGGAACUCCUUUGAGGCAUACCUGAACACAGAAAGCCAGAAGCGAGCCGAUAGUGGCCGCCUUGGGUUAGCACGUGGAGCACGUGUGGGAAGAGUUUUUCGUUUAUCCGAUACGUUCAUUAAUUGAAUUCAAACGAAAAUGUUAGAGGACAACACAUUUAGUGAAUAUUAUUUAUGCAACUUCAACGAUGCCGUGCCACUGGAUGAUUUGCCGGCCGAUGAGCAACUGCGCCAGUUAUGGACCGGCCAAGAGCUGUGGACAGUGGAGGACCUACGGCAGAUCAUCACCAACUGGCAGGAAAGGGAUUCCCACAUUAAGGAGACUCCCACGCAGCUACUCAACAGGUUUCUGCGUCUGUUCUUCGCGUUUGUGCAGAACAAUUGCACGGGACCCUUUGACAAAGUCGCCGAUUGCCAGAAAAUGCUGAGCCAACUGCAGUUGGAGGCAUUUGAGCCGCAGGAGCAGCUGAAGGCCAGCGGCGAGGAGUUGAAUCCCAACGUCAAGACGGGCGAACUGCUGGUUGUGGCCAGGGAAAUACUGCGCGGCUUGUUGGAAGCUUAUCCAGACUCAAAGGUCCUGGCCGUGUGGAAUAUACGGCUGAUUUGCCAGCAUCAGCUUAUCAUGGACGACCUGGCCGCCUCCCUCUACGAGCAGUUCAAGGCGGGAGCUGUGGUACUGCGGCCCCAAGCGAAGCACUUUUCCAGCAGGGAACUGCAGUCUCUGCUGCUGCUGGAGCUGGCCAAUGGCUACCUGCUGUUCCAUCGCUCCGAAAUGGCCUCCCAAGUGCUGGAUGAGCUCUGCUCGCACCUCCAGGUGGAACUGAAGGUCGAGGGUUUGCUGGGAGUGCGCACAAAGUUCCAGCAGAAGCCCCUGCCCCAGCUCUGCCUGAAAGUGGAGCAGCUGUCGGAGCUGACGGAGGCCAGCAGCCCUGCCCUGCCAGCGGCUGCCGAGACCAACAGGCAGACAAAGCUGCCCAAGCUGCUGCUCCUGGAGGAUGAUACACGACUGGAGCGAAUACGCUUCAUUGAGCCAAAGGACAAUGAUGUCAUGACUUUGCCCAGCGUCCUGCAGGCCCUCGUCCUGGCCAAGGUAAAACAGUUGAAGCGCUCGCAGCCGAAGGACCGCCUGGCAGAUGAGCAGCUGGAGCCGUACACCCAGACGUUGCUCUACCAGGAGCACGGACCCCUUCAGGUGCGCCAGGCAGCCUUGCUCCUGAACUGCCUGCAGGAGUCUAACCAGCGCCGGACUGUCGAGCGCAGCUGGAAGCAGUGCGAGGAGUGCGUCAAGCUGUUGGACCAUAGCGAAGAGCAGCAGUCGCUGAGAUCUAGGCUGUCGUAUGGAUUCGCGGCCCACCUCCAGCCCAUCUGGCAGGUUCAGCUUCAGCUGGUGGAUCUCCUGAGGUCCCUGGGAAUGACCAAGACAGCUCUCGACAUUUGCCUGAAGAUUCAGGCCUGGCAGCAGGUUAUUGACUGCUACACCAGUCUGGAGCUGCGGCACAAGGCGGCGGAGAUCAUACGCCAGGAGCUGGAGAAGAAGCCCACGGCGCUGCUCUACUGCCUACUGGGCGACGCCAUCGAUGAUCCGCAGUGCUACGAGCAGGCCUGGCUGCAUUCCAAGAAGACGAGCAGCAAGGCCCAGUCCUACUGGGGAAACUACUUCUACAGAAGGGCGGAAUAUGCCCAGGCCCUGGAGCACUUUCAGCUGUCGCUGGAGAUCAAUACGCUGCAGGAGUCGACGCUCCUGCGCUGCGGCUAUUCCGCGAUGCAGCUGGAGAAGUGGGAGGCGGCCGUUAAGUCCUACCUGGCCUACACCCACCUGGAAGCCAACGGGUUCGAGUCGUGGAACAAUCUGGCCAAGGCCCUGAUCAACCUGGGCGACAAGCAGCGGGCGCAUCGUGUGCUGGGCGAGGCCCUCAAGUGCAACUACAGCAACUGGAAGGUGUGGGAGAACUACAUGCUGGUGGCCGUGGACACCUGCCACUGGGACGAUGCCAUGCGAGGCUACCAGCGUCUGUCCGAGCUGAAGCAGCACUACCUCGACCAGGAAGUGCUCGCGAGAAUCGUCUACGGCAUAGCCAAGCAGCAUCAGGAAGGACCCAGCCAGCUCCUAAUCAAGAGGAUUGUCCAGCUCCUCGGCCAGCAGUGCAUCCAGCACGGCAACGAGCCCCUGGUCUGGGAGCUGGCUGCCGUGGUGGCCGCCACACCGCUGAAGAAGGCCGAGCGGCUGGUCAAGUCGUAUCGGGCCUACACGGCCAAGCAUUUGGGAUGGGAGGUCAAGGCAGAGCAUGCCCAGAAAGCUCUGGAUCUGUGCCUGGAGGUGGCCGAGCUGUCUCUGGCGGCGGUCCAGGAGCAUGCCGCCGACGAGAGCGAAGUCAUGAUCACAUCCACACUAAACUCGGCCCGACUGUCCGGUACAUCCUGUCUGAACGCCCUGCGGCGCGCUAUCAACGUCAAUGUGCCGCCCGAGCAGCAGGAGAAGGCGGAGCAACUGGACAAACGGAUCGCAGAUCUAACCCAAGUGGUGCAGCAGCGAAUGAACACGCAACGGUCGGUUUAGCCGGACUCUGAACUAGAUUUAGUGUUUAUUAGUUGUACAUGAUAAUUGUGUAUUUAAAAAACUCCUUGGGCGUCGGCUAAGUGUGGCAUGGGCUACCGUGUUGUGUUGAAGUUUCGAAAAGUAAAAGAAACAAAAGGAUCAAAACUAAAUGAACGGGUUUAAAGGACGUUCAGCUUGGUGCUGAUCAGCACUCGAACGCUCUGAUCGAAGGCCCCACAGACGGCGAGGCCCAGCUUGUCCGGAUGCCAGUCGAAGCAGUGCACCGGCUGGGAGCUCAAUGUGGCCGCACUGACCAUGUGCAGAGUGCCAGCCACGCCCGUUUUGUUGCCGUCCGCGUCCUGGACGACUCUCUUGUCGGGAUACUCGUACUGCCAGAGGCGUAUGGAGCCAGUGCCACCGCCAGUGAGGAAGACAUCGCGAUUCUGUGGCAAAUGACGAGCCAUCCAGACAGUGGCUUUGGGGCCGCUGAUGACACCGUUUGUGCCCACACUACGGCCGGCGUUGCGCUCCUCGACAUAGCUGAAUCCCUUGGUCGGAUGCUGGUGGCGCAUAUCGUAGACCAGGAGGCCUCCCUCCAGCGUGGUUACGGCCAGUUUAUUCAUCGGGAUGUCGCGGCGAUCAAACUCGAGGCCACAAAUGCCGUUCUUCAUGGACGCCUCCCAGCGCACGGAGAGCGUACGGAGGUCGAAGAGCUUCAGGUCCCCGUUGUCAUAGCCAGCCGCUACCAUGCGCUCCUCCGAGUUGAAGGUAUUGCCGAAGGCCACUGCCCAGCAGUCGCGCCGGCCGCUGCUCUGAUUGAUGCCGUCCCCCAUUUGCGGUGGCGGUGAGAUGUCCACCACAGGAGACUGUCCCUGUCGUAUGUCCCACACCUUGACGGCGCCAUCACGGCUGCCGGUGACGAUUUCGGGGGCUCCACAGUUGUGCUGAUUUCCGCCAAUGGCAUCGAUGGUGUUGAUGAUGGCCGUGUGGGCCUUAACAUUGUACACCGGCAACUCGGGACGCUCCAUAUCGCUGAAAAAUAGCCUGAUGGAUGAACAGAUCUAGCAUUGGCAGUGGCCAGUGGCCCCUGAUAUUCUUACAGCACUUGCAGCCUCCCCUCGAAGUCUCCAAUGGCAAUGUGACGGUUUCGCAGCGAGGCUGCCCCGAAUGUGCCGCACUUGAAGGCCACCUUCUUCUCCACAGUCUUCACCUUGACCAGCUGGUCCUCGUUCAGCUCGUAGAUGUCCAUAAUGCCAUGGCUGUUCGCCUUUGAGCCGAGCACCACAAACUUGGCCGAGAGCGGAAUCCAUUUCGUGUCGUACACCGUGUAGUUAACGGACGCGUUCAAGUGCUCAAUCAAUUGGGGCUUGUCCAUUUUGUUGCCUUUUCAGUUCAAGCAGAGUCUGAUUAUGAAAUCUGAACGGAAUUUCACAAACAACUUGUUUAAAAUGCGUUUCCAUAGUUCCGACGUGCCGGCAAGUCAGAGUUUUCGAUAUAUUAUUAGAUUAUUUAUCAAUAGUUCUCACACGCUGAUUUCGAGCCACAAUUUGGGUACUCCUGAAACGCAUUUCCAUUCGCGUGGAUGAGCUUUUCCAAAUAGCAUUGCACUGCUCAUAUUCGUGCGAAGUGAGAGACAGCUGGGGAGAGAAAAUUAGGGAGACACGUGUCCCGGCUAUCAAUCAAAGAACUGAGCCAGUAUUUUUUUUCCAACACACAGCCAGCAAUCGAUAGUAUCUGCCGCAGCGCUGAUUCCAGCUCUACAUAUAUUUCUCUCGCUCUCUCAGAUGGCUCUCAUAUGCGCGGCCUGUCGGAAGAAGGAAUAACCCAAUAAUACUGGAAAUUAAGAGGACAUUUAAUGUGUAUGCUGCUCAUUUGAUUUGAAAUUUGUAUUUUUUAUGAAUGCCGUUUCAUCAAAAAAUAUUUUUGAAGGAAACAGGUACCGGUUCGUUCCCGAAGCUUUCAUAGAUAAGCGUUGCGUGUCCGUUUCAGGAAUCGCCAUACUAAAAUAUCGAUAGCUGGGGAUAUUUUCGACGGCGUACAGAUUCCGCACACGCAUUUUGCAUGCGAUAUUUUGCAGUAUUGUGCAAUAAAUUAAAUAUAAAAACCGCAAACAUCGCAUGUGAAUUUCCUUUCUGUUCUAAUAUGUGAUAUCGGCAGGGCUCAAAACUAACAACAAAAGCCAGAGCAGCUGUGACGGCGUCGAAAGCUCCCCGUGAAAAGCUUUGAUGGUCUCCAAUUGGACGCUCGCAAGCUCAGUGUCGUGUCGCACUCAUUUUGGGGCCGUUGGUUUUCCGGGUGUGUGUUUCCCUCUAGCGCGUGCAUCUGUUUUUGGCGCUCGACCCCAGCAGCAAGCAGCAGGCAAGGCAGCAACAACGACACGACAAACUCGUACGUACAUACGUGUGUCGCAAGAGUCGCUUUUCUCGGCAAUAAACAAAAACAAAGACAAAAACAAUAGCCAGCAGCAACAUUCAUCGGGCGGUUGAAUAAGUAAAAAUAACAAAAUAAAAGAAUACAAAUAACGGAAUUGCUUGAAAGCACGCCAACGCCAGCAGAAAAUAUAAUAAUUAGCUUUAAUCUGUUGGCUUUUAACAUUUUUUUUUAUAUGUGAUAAUUAUGAAACAAAAAGUUCUUAAAGUUAGCAAAGGAUUGUGAAAAGUGUUAAUCAAAUAUUUUACUGGCAACAAGUUGAAGGUGACAACAAUCGACAGCGCGAAUACCCAGCAACUGAAAAAAUAAAAAAUAAACAUACAACCACAAAGGCAGCGUAUUUGGCAACUGCAUCGAAUGCCAAACCAACCAAAAUUUCAUUUACGAGUUGUUUCCGUAAG